AUGGCUAAUGGACUUUCAAAAAAAGCGAUUCAAAUGGGAUUGGAUGUAGGACCAUCAGCAAUACAAGAGUUAAACAGUUUUAUGAAGAACUUUAUAACAAAACACGUGCCAAAGAGUAAUCAAAAAUUACUGCGAAGAAACUCUAAAAAAGAAUCAUCUCAAAGAAAUCCUAAAAGAACGUUAUUAGCUAAAACUUAUAAUAUGCAAAGCAGUUCCAAUGAAUCUGACUGUU